AAGCAAUUAUAAAUUUCCAAAUAGCAAUACUAAUUUAUGAAACUUUUUUUAAUCAAAAAAUAAAGCUUUAAACACACAUUCAAGAAGAAAAGACUUUCUUAGAAAUAAUAAUCAAGUUAAUAGGGGAAUACCAAUUUUAAAUCAGUAAAAAUAUUAAAAACUUAUGGUAACAAACGGGCUUAUUCUAAAAUUGAAAUAAAAACAUAAUUUAUAAUAUUAAAACCUUAACAAUUUUUUUUAUAUAGCACAUAAAAAAUAAUGGCUGGUCCAUUUAUAUCGCCGCUGCCCGGCGAUUUGCUGACGGAGUAUAUGUUCGGCCGGAGGCGGCAGCGCCGGAACCGGACGACCUUCACGCCCCAGCAGCUCCAGGAGCUGGAGGCCUUGUUCCAGAAGACCCACUAUCCGGAUGUAUUCCUGCGCGAGGAGGUGGCCCUGCGGAUCAGUCUCAGUGAGGCGCGCGUUCAGGUUUGGUUCCAAAAUCGCCGGGCCAAGUGGCGCAAACAGGCGAGACUGCAACUGCUCCAGGAUGCCUGGCGGAUGCGCUGCCUCAGCCUGGGCACACCACCUGUAAUGGGCGGCGGCUCAGCAACGGGAACGGGAUCAGCACCUGGAGCUGGCAAUCGACCGGGCAGCCAAGCGCCCGAGAAUCUAUCAGCCGGCAAGGAUAAUGACAUGACAGAGGUGAACAAUGAUCACAGCCCAGGCAGCUUCACGAUGAUGCAUCCGGCAUUCCAGCAGCAGCAGCAGCAGCAGCAACAGCAACAGCAGGGUCAAGGGCUGGGACAAGGCCAGGAACAGGAGAAGCUAUCGAAGACCUAUACGGAACUGAAGCUCUACAAGGCACCGGGUCAUGCCCAGAUGGAACUGGGCGGAAUGGCCGCUUUAUCCGGGCACUCCGAUGAGGGAUCCGAUGGCUCUGACUCCGAGGAGAUUGAUCUCACCUCUGGCGCCUGCAUUGACUUCUCACAGAGUAGCAAACUCCAACAACAACAACAGCAACAGCAGCAAGGAGCUACGGGGGCAGCUUCAACGGCGGCGAACGGUGUCCUGUAGAUUAUCAGGAUAUUUGAAGCUACAGCUAUAAUUAACACGCGUACA